AUGCAGAAGCCGAAGGAGCUCAUGACGCCCAUCGAGCGCGCUCUCGCCGAUCAGCCAUGGAAGGAGUACACCGCUCCGGAUGGCCGCAAGUACUAUUCGAACUCGCAGACGAAAGCGACAGUCUGGGAGAUGCCAGCCGAAUAUCGCGAUGCGCUCGAUGCUGCACAGCAAGGCUCGAGACCGCAUCCACCGGCGCCAUCCUUCGUGGCUGGCGGCUCGACCGCCCUAUCCGCCUACAAUCCCGAUGCCCCAGCGAACGUUUACGAAAGUCGCAAAGCAGAUCUAGCCUUGCCGCAGAUCAGCAAGGAGGUCGUGCCAGACUACUCGACUUUUCAAGACGCCGAAGCGGCUUUUAUGAAGCUCCUCAAGCGCAUGAACGUACAACCGGACUGGUCCUGGGAGCAGGCCAUGCGAGCGACCAUCAAAGACACUCAGUACAGGGCGCUCAAGGACCCGAAAGACCGCAAGGCAGCGUUUGAGAAAUACGCGGUUGAGGUUCGACAGCAAGAAGCGGACAGAGCCAAGGAUAGAUUCGCUAAGCUCCGAGCAGAUUUCCUUGAUAUGCUGAAGACACAUCCAGAGAUCGAGCACUUUAGUCGCUGGAGGACCAUUCGACCCAUCCUCGAGCGCGAGACGGUCUUCAGGGCUGCAGAAAGCGAAGACGAGCGCAAGCAGCUCUUCGAAGAAUAUAUCGUCGAUCUCAAGAAGCGAAAUAUCGAACAGGAAGCCGCACGCAGGAAGUCUGCUCUCAGUGACCUAACGCCCAUUCUGCAGGGACUCAAUCUCGAGCCAUACACCCGCUGGUCGCAGGCGCAGGAAAUGCUCGAAGCAGAUGAGCGCGUCAAGGCUGACGACAACUUCAAACUUCUGAGUAAGUCAGACGUUCUGAUCGCUUUCGAGAACCACAUCAAGUCCCUUGAACGCACUUUCAAUGAUGCUCGACAGCAGCAGAAACAGAACAAGGCCAGACUCGAACGUCAAUGUCGUGAUGGCUUCUCAGAACUUCUGCAAGACCUGCGCAACCAAGGCAAGCUCAAGGCCAACACCAAAUGGAAAGACGUCCUCCCUCUCAUCGAAAAUGAUCCUAGGUAUGUAAACAUGCUUGGACAAGCUGGAUCUACACCACUGGACAUGUUCUGGGAUGCUAUUGAGGAGGAAGAAAAUGCGCUUCGAGGAAGACGCAACGAUGUCUAUGAUGUGCUAGAGGACAAGCGCUAUGAGGUUCACCCCAAAACAACGUUCGAAGACUUCUUUGACGUGGUUUCAACUGAUAGACGCACAGCCAAAAUCGACAAGGACACCCUGCAGCUCAUCUUUCAACGCCUACGUGACAAGGUCGUCAAGCGCAACGAAGAUGAGAAGCACGCUGCCGAUCGGCACCAACGCCGCGCUAUUGACGCUCUUCGUUCCCGCAUCAAGCACCUCGAGCCACCUGUCCGCAUGUCGGAUUCAUGGGACGACGUUAGACCGCGCGUCGAGAAGACCGAGGAGUAUCGAGCUCUCGACAGCGAAGACGCUCGUAAGACUGCUUUCGACAAGGUCUUGAAGCGGCUAAAGGAGAAAGAGGAGGAUCAUGAACGAGAUCGCGAGCGUCAUCGACCCCGAAGCCGUAGGAGCGAUGAGCGCGAGCACCGCAAUGGCCACCGCGACUCGAAGCACGGUCGCCUGUCUCGCAGCCCUGAACCCGAUCCAUAUGAGGCGGAUCGCCGCAAGGCAAUGGCCGCUCGCGAGAAGCAGUACCGCAAGAGCACCGGGCUCAGUCCUCCACCGGAUUCUCCCCGCGAGCGCCAUAGAGAUCGCGACCGUGAGCGAGAUCGAGACCGAGACAGAGACCGCCGUCGCCAAGAUGAUCGCCACGGCCGACUGGACAGAAGCCCGUCACGCCAGCUCAGCUCUUACGACCGCGAACGUCGCGAUCGCGAAGAGGAGCGCGAACGCCUUUAUCGAGCUCGUGGCGAUCCUCGCGGAAGUCGAGACGAGCUCAACUACGGCGAUGACGCCAAGAGCGUGGCCGGCAGCGAACGCCGGCGCCGAAGAGAAAGCGAUGGUGAGAGCGCGGCCAGUGGCGAUCGACGGAGCGCCAAGCGACAUCGCCGAGACUCACGAGACCGGCGAGAUCGGCCAGUUCGAAAGAGCAAGACGCCUGAACUUAAGACUGCUGAGAAACCUGAGUCCGAAGAACCGGCUGGAGUCCACUCUGGUAGUGAGGAGGGAGAGAUCGAGGAGGAUUGA